AUGCUUCAUCAUAAAAAAAAUAAUAAAAAUACAAAAAUAAAUAAGAACUCUUCUCCAAAAUUUGUUUACCCUUCAGGACCAGAAACAUCUUGUUCAUUAGAUGAAUAUAAUGAAAAAAUUGAAAAAGAAAACCAAGAGAUUCUGAGGAAAGGUAUGAAUGAUGUUGGUAUUUCUUUUUAUUUUAAUAAAAGACCACUUGAAGAUAUUUAUAAUAGUAGUUUAAUAAUUACACCCUCACCAUCUUCAUCACCAGCAUCUUCUUCUUCUUCAUCAUCUUCAUCAUCAUCUUCAUCAUCAUCAUCAUCAUCAUCAUCAUCAUCAUCAUCAUCAUCAUCAUCAUCAUCAUCAUCAUCAUCAUCAUCAUCCUCUUCAUUAUUUUCUUCAACACUUUCAUUAAUAAAAAGUCAAGAAAUUAUUGAUGACGACGAUAUUAAAAUUCAAAGAGGUAAAUGUAAUCUUAGUGGUAUUAUAAUGUUGUACAGCCGUGAAAUUGAUAAUGAUGAACGUGUUUUCCAAAUGUCAUUGAAUAGACUUGACAAUAAAAAAGGUUAUAUCAAAGAAAAUAUAGAGUUGGUAUGUUUGGGAUUCAACUCAACAGAUGUAUCAAAAAAUCAGUUGCAUAUUAAAGGCCAGCAAGAUUGGAAUCAAUCAGUUUUUGACUAUAUGGUGCAAUGUUUGGAUGAACUAUCCAAAGAAAUUAUACCAACUCAAACUUAUCAAGAAUAUAUUGAAAAAACCCCUAAAAUAAAUAAAUAG